UUGUAACGACAAGCAGAGUCGUGAAAUUUCGUUUCACGGCGUCAAAAUGGUAGCCGGACCAGUAGCAGAAAGAAAUCAAGAUGCUACUGUGUAUGUUGGAGGCCUGGAUGAGAAAGUUACAGAAGCCGUCCUCUGGGAGCUGUUCCUGCAGGCUGGACCUGUUGUGAACGUUCACAUGCCCAAAGAUCGUGUGACACAGACACACCAGGGGUAUGGCUUUGUGGAGUUUAUGGGAGAGGAAGAUGCAGAUUACGCCAUUAAAAUAAUGAAUAUGAUCAAAAUGUACGGCAAACCCAUCAGAGUGAAUAAGGCGUCUGCAAACCAACGUAACCUGGACGUAGGAGCGAACAUAUUUAUUGGGAAUUUGGAUCCUGAGGUCGACGAAAAGCUGCUCUAUGAUACAUUCAGUGCUUUUGGCGUGAUUUUACAGACCCCAAAGAUCAUGAGAGACCCGGACUCGGGCAACUCAAAAGGCUAUGCAUUCAUCAACUUUGCGAGUUUUGAGGCUGCAGAUUCUGCCAUAGAGGCGAUGAACGGUCAAUACCUGUGCAAUAGAGCUAUCACUAUCUCCUACGCAUUCAGGAAGGACUCGAAAGGAGAGAGGCACGGAAGUGCUGCUGAGCGAAUGAUGGCAGCAAAGAAUCCUCUAUCCCUGACAGACAGGCCACAUCAGCUGUUUGCAGAUGCCCCUCCUCCCUCAGCCCCUGCUCCAGGGGGUGUCGCACCCCCACCACCCCCUCCCUCACAACAGAUGCCAAUGCCAGGGAUGCCAUCCUCCCAGCCUUCAAGCCUGCCCCCUCCUGUCCCUCCACCCAUGGGAGCCCCAGGGAUGGGUGGAGCUCCCCCAAUGAUGCCCCCGCCUGUGCCACCCUCAGGAAUGCCCCACUAUCAUCAAGGGCUCCAUCAAGGUCAGAUGCCAGCACCCCCGUUUCCCCCAAACAUGCGUCCCCCGCCAGGACCCCCACCAAACUCCAUGGGCAACAUGGGUAUGCAGCCACCCAGACACGGGAUGCCUCCACCUCCUGCCCCACCCAUGUCAUCGGCUGGGCCCAACCAACAGAUGGCACCCAACCCUACAUACAACCAGUCUGUCAUGCCCAAUAUGCCUCCACCCCCAGGCAUGCGACCCCCACCCCCAAACUGGAGGGGGCCACCACCCCGGGGACCUCCACAUCCACCAUUUGGUAUGCGUCCCCCACCCCCAGGGAUGAGACCACCACCCCCAGGAAUGGGCCCCAGAGGUCCUAUGAGGGGCCCACCACCCCCACGGGGUAUGAGACCUCCACCCCCUGGAAUGCGAGGUCCCCCACCCCCGCCCCCACCACAAGGGGGAGGGGGGUAUGACGGGUACAACGAAGGGGGUUACUGAGCUAAGACUUUAAAAAGAGAUUUUGAUUGUGAUACAAAGGCAGUUUGAAGGAUUUAAAGAUAAUGUGGUCAAAGGUGAUUUCACUGCAAUUUGUCUGUUAAGGGUUAUUUAACUGGGAAUGCGGACAGUUUUAGGGAUAAAGGAGUAGGGAAACGCUGGCCAAUAUUUGUUAACUGCAGUCAUUGAAAACAAAAUAAAUAGUUUAUUCUGACAUUAUUAUACUAUUAUAACCACAUGCCCGAUUAUAUAAACAUGGCAAUAGCCAUUUUUUCAACUUUUCUGUUUUUUCUAAGAAAAGAAGGCGAAGUAUUCCAAAACUUUAACCUUUCUCAAGUUAUUCUACUUAAACUUGGUACACGUGCUGCCAGAGACAGUACACAAGGCCCAUAACGCUGCCUUUAAAAACUCUUUAUUAUGCCCCUUUUUCAACUGAAAAAAGACAAGCUUUUGCGUUCACUUGGUAUUGCUCUUAUUUUAUUCAGGCUCUGUUAUUGCAAUAAAUCUGUGGGGGUUUUUACCAAGAACUGUGGCAUUCGGGAAAUUGGUUAUACAGACUUGGAAGAUAGAAGACUUGAAGCCAAUUGUGUUGUUUUUUCAACGUAUGUACACUUUAUUUGCUGGUGAUGAAUCUCUCAUGAAGCAGAUUCAAGAGAAUGUUUGAGUUUUAACUCUGCUAAAAUUAAUUCAUAGAUAAAAGAUUGAACUCUAAGAACAUCAUGUUUAUAAUAAGGUUAAUUUCACAACACCUUCAUUGUGACGACAACUCGGAUGAAAAGAUAUGAAUCCAACAAUCAUGUUACAAAACACAAUCCAGUAGUAGAAGUUCACAUGUUCAUAACAAAUCAUCAAAGUUAGACUUUCUGAUGUACCACCACACAUCCUAACUGAGGUGCUGGCAUCAGCAUCUUUCAACACCCCAUGCUGUAUAGAAUCCAGAAUUUGAUAAGCCUUGAAUACAUUUUACCAGUGUAGGGAUAACUGACAUGUGCUAGUUCUGACCACUUACAAUAGUGCGUUGUAUAAAGAUACAUUUAAGAUUUGUUCUGUUUAUUUUCUGUUUGUUUCACGAAAUGCCAGUGUAACUGGUCCCCAAUGACUCCUCACACUGUUAAGUGACGUAUCUUUAUUGAUCCAGUGAAAAGAGAUCUGUAGAAAAACCACAAUGAAUCAUGUACAUUUCAUAGCAUUUAAAAGGCAUCCAUUUUUUUCUGUAUAUAUGUAUGAAAAAUGUUUUAUUUUGUAAUAAAUGUGUUCAUGAUUUA